AUGAGGGUGGUGGUGACCGGCGCAACGGGGUACCUCGGCAGCCGCCUGUGCGGCGCGCUGGCCGGCGCCGGCCACGCCGUGCGCGCGUUCGCGCUCCGCGAGGCCGGCAGCGUAGAGGAGGCCGGCCUGCUCCCGGCGUCCGUCGAGCUGGCGUACGGCGACGUCGCCGACGUGGAGUCACUCGCCGCAGCCUUCGACGGGUGCGACGCCGUCUUCCACCUCGCCGCCGCCGUCGAGGCGUGGCUGCCCGACCCCUCCGUUUUCAUCACGGUCAAUGUUGGAGGACUUGAGAAUGUUUUGAAGGCUGGCAGGAGAACACCAACAGUAAAGAAGAUAAUUUACACGUCAUCAUUCUUUGCGAUUGGCCCAACCAAUGGUUAUGUUGCAGAUGAGACACAGAUGCAUCAAGGAAAAUCCUUCUGCACGGAGUAUGAGAAAUCAAAGGUUCUUGCAGACCAGAUCGCUUUGCAGGCAGCAGCAGAGGGGAUGCCAAUCACCAUCGUCUACCCAGGAUUCAUGUACGGUCCUGGAAAACUUACAGGAGGAAAUCUUGUCGCCCGUAUAUUAAUCGAAAGGUUCAAUGGACGCCUGCCUGGUUACAUCGGCCAUGGCCAUGAUCGACAAUCAUUCUGCCAUGUCGACGAUGUUGCCAGUGGACAUGUAGCAGCAAUGGAGAAAGGCAGAGCAGGGGAAAGGUACCUCCUCACCGGAGAGAACACGUCGCUGGCUCAGAUCUUCGCCAUGGCUGCCAGGAUCACCAACACAAAGGAGCCCAGAUUCCACAUACCACUCUGGCUGGUCGAACUGUACGGGUGGAUCUCAGUUCUUGUUUCAAGGAUCACUGGGAAGCUCCCGUUCAUCAGCUAUCCUGCAGUACGUGCUCUUAGGAAUCAAUGGGCAUACUCAUGUGAGAAGGCCAAGAGGGAGCUGGGGUACAGUCCUAGGAGCUUGACUGAAGGUCUAUCAGAGACGCUCGUGUGGCUUAAGGAUAGCGAGAUGAUCAGAUUCUAGUGCCACAACUUUUUACUGCUGCUGUAAGAGCUAAGUUCAAUAGUAUAGCUAACCACUAGCUCCAAUUCAUCUAU